UUAUGCGAAAUGUGAUUUAAAACAGUCAAAGCAAAUCUAGCUGGAAAGAAAUAACGCGUUCAGGUUAAAGAAGCCGUAUUUUCUGUUUUUUCACAAGAUAUUUAAAGGAGUUUUAUUAAUCUUGUUUAAGUCAAUACCUAAUUGUAGUUCUGCAGCUGGUUGCUAGGCCUUGCGCACAACUGUAAACGUUGGCCAGUCAGAAAGCCGUUCUAUCAAGGGAAGAAUGGAUAAAAAACUCUCAUGGAUUUGUCUGAUUUGCAGCAUUGCUGUUUGCGUCUCAACAGAUGUGGAGCAAGCAAUAGUGUAUGGCAAGAUCAGCUUUAUUGGAAAGACACUUGAAAGUAUCCCAACAGGAUCAUGCCUUACCUUGAAAGUUCAGGACUCCAUGAUUGCUGAUGCUCCAUCAAUUGACAUUACAAGCAAAGUUUUGAAGGGAAAUGACUUGAAAAUUCACGACGGGAAUGUGAUGUACAAUAUUUCAUUCAAGAAACCAAACAGAGCCGAAUACACAUUGUCAGCCACGUUGAAUAUGGGAUGGUGUGCUGCUGGUGGCCAUGAUUGGAUCCAUAACAGGGACUAUUUGACUACAACAAGUUAUGAUUUCACUGUCAAUGGAAAGAAAAAUACAUACGAAAACAACAUUGAGAUGGAAUACUAUGAGAGAAUUGAUUACCCAAGAAAACAGAAGAAGGACCACCCCAGGCAUCACAAGAUGCUUGCCAAAAAGAGAAAUGAUGAUCCGUGCUACCAUGCCCCUUGCACUAAUAGCAUAUGCACAAGCUUCCCCAAUGGUUCAUAUGUGUGCCAUAAAGUUGAGUCAAUGCCAUGCGCUGUACCAAUGUGUGCAGCAAUUUAUGAGCCAGUUUGUGGCAGCAAUGGCAGGACUUACAGCAGUGAAUGCUUGAUGGAUGCAGAUUCCUGUGUUGGUGGUAUAAGGAAUGAUCUGUACAAAGUGCAUGAUGGUGAAUGCUAUGCAAAGCAUUCUAUGCAUGAGGGAUUCCUUCUUGGUGCAUCAGUUAUCUCUUUGGCCACCCUUGGCUUGGUUGCUGUGUUUAUGAUAUGGAGGCGCAAUCGGUUGAUCAAGAUCCAACGCAUGGGGCCAUAUUCAAAAGAGAAAGUUGCACCUCUGGGUCUGUGAUGCAUGAAAUGAAUACCUUUUUCAAUGCGUGGUAUUUUUCUCUUCAUUUAAGUAAAAAACAGCUGGUAAGGACUUAUAUACCAUGAUUUCAGUCCGUACGCUUGAAAGCAUUAGCAUGAUAAAUGUUUUGUAUUUAUUUGUUGUUUGUAGUAUUUACCAAAAUGUUUUAAUAUGUAACCCAUACUCAGUGUAUAGUGGUUUGAAAGAACAAAGGAAGCUCUCAUACAAAAUUUAGGAGCAAAAUGGGUUACUUUCUGGCAUUAAUAGGGGGAAGUUUUAUCCAGACUCUUCACAAAAAAUUAGAUCCAAAUUCCUUCUCCCCAGCCUCUCUGUUGGUAACGAUCUAACAUUGUUUCUUAAAGACUGAACACUCCAAGAACAGGCUGAACACCCAAAGAACACCCUAAGAACAAGCCAUUAACAGGCCUUUUCGUUUGAUGCGAGUGAUCACUCGCGAUUGCGUCAGUACUCCCAUAAACCAAACCACGCAUAAGCGUUUGAUCACUCACGCAGAACGUUAAAUUGUGAGGAAUAAAUGUCUCAUCAAUUAACAGGUAGUCAAGUGACAUGUCAUAUUUUUACUAAUGAAAUAUUCCUGUUUAAACAAGUCUAAACAACAUUCAUUGUCACUGGAUGUGAAAGAUUUUCAAAACAAUGGGAAAUUGCUUGAAUGCUCAAAGGGAGUCAAACUUGAAUUUGCUCUGCAUGUACCCCCAUUCACAGUUCUGGUGCGCAAAACAUAAGUUGGUUGUAACAACACCAACAACAUUAGACUUAUCAGGCCCUUUCCCAUCCCCAAAAUUGAUUUUGAUUGAUUGAGCUAAUUAAUUUUUUGAAUGAUAUGCCGACUUUGAUAUGUUUUCAAGAGUGUUCAGCCGCUUAAUAGUUUGUUUUUAGGGUGUUCUUGGGGUGUUCAGCCUGUCCUUGGAGUGUUCAAUCUUUUAGAAACGACGAACAAUCUAAACCCUUCUGACAAUCAAAAAUUCUGAUGCUGUGUGAUGUUCUAGGAGGAGCUUUGUUUGCAAUAUAAUGGAAUUUGGCACAGUUUUUUAAAAAUUGAUUUUGAAAAGACACAGUUUUAAAAAACAUGAAAAAACUCAGGUAAGCCUGGUUUGAAGAUGGUCUCAGUCAAGUGCCAACUUUUUGAUGCUCAUCUAAGUGUUGCAACAAUGCAAUGCAUGUCAUUCAUAUGAAUGAAAUUUUGUUUGCUUUGAUUAAGGGUAAUUUGCUUGUAUACUAAGUUGUAAUAUAUAAUUAUCAUAAUUUGUUUAUCAUGUAUGUAUAAUGUUUUAAUGUCAUAGAAAAUAGCUUAGGCUGUUA